AUGGAGGCACAAAUUUCUGAGGCGAUAAAGGAAAGCGGCUCCGAUUUCAGCGACAACGAUGUUCCCGUUAACCAGAUUACGAGCUUCAACGGUGUCCUGAAUCAGUAUGUACACGUUUCGGAGACGACAAGCUCCUCAACCCAGGAGACAAAACGCCAACUAGAUACUACUAUCAUCGACACUCAAACGACGCCCAAGCGAAGAAGAAGGGGACCUAUAUCUUCAACGACUACAGCGUCACCGUCAUCAUCAGACGUGACAACCCCCAGCCGCAUCACCCGCUCCAAAUCCCGCUCAUCAACAACAACACCAACCUCAGCUUCACCCUCUCACACAUCUAGCUCCGAGUCUACCUCAACCCCAGCCCUCCCAAGUACACCCAAACGACGACCGAGCUCCCGCUCCCGCUCCCUCCACCGCAUGACAUCCUCCCCCUCCUCUCUCCCGACCUCCCUACUCAGAGACACAAUCCCCGAGAACCUCACCCUACUCCUCGUAGGCGUGAAUCCAGGCAUCAUGACCGGCACUACAGGCUUCGCAUACGCACACCCCUCAAACCUCUUCUGGAAACUCCUCCACUGGUCGGGAAUAACCACAAUCCGACACCCACCCUCAGAUACCUACAAGCUCCCAGAGCUAUACAACGUGGGCAACACGAACAUCGUCGAGCGAGCCACGCGCGACGCGAGCAUGCUCAGCAAAGCGGAGAUGGACGCCGGUGUGCCCGUGCUCGAGGCCAAGGUUGCUGCAAAGAGACCCGAGGCGGUGUGUCUGGUGGGCAAGAGUAUAUGGGAGUCUGUGUGGAGGGCGCGGAAGGGGAGGGCGAUUCGGAAAGAGGAGUUUCGGUAUGGCUGGCAGGAUCAGUCGGAGAAUAUGGGGAAGAGUGAAGAGUGGAACGGCGCGCCUGUGUUUGUGGCUACUACGACCAGCGGGCUGGCUGCGACGAUGUCGAUUCCAGAGAAACAGGCUGUGUGGAAUGAGUUGGGGAGUUGGGUUGUGAGUAGGCGAGAGGCUCAGGGUAGUAAUGCCCUUCAGGGUCAAGCCGAAGCUCAAGAUCAGGCUUAG